UCCUCAUAAGACAAAGACGGUUCAGCAAAUGGAGGCUUCAAAGAACCAUACGUCUGACCUGGAGAGUGGCAUGGUCACGAUCAUUCAAGUUUUCCAUAAAUACUCGGGUCACAAGUGCAAGCUGAAGAAGGCAGAGCUGAAAGAGCUGAUCAACAACGAGAUGAGUCAUUUCAUUAUGAAAAUCCAAGAGAAUGAAACUCUCGAUGAACUUUUUUCUGAUCUGGACCAGAACGGAGACCUGGAGAUUGACUUCAAAGAGUUCAUCGCCCUCAUCGCCAUGGUGACCUCAGCGUGCCAUGAACUCUUCACCCCAAACCGCGGCAAUUAGCCAGCAUGUACACCGAGUACUCAUACAAAGUUAUAUCAUUGGAAACGAGUCUCUUCCUCUCAUUUAAGUGUGACUGAAAACUUACUGGGCCACAGGGUGUCUGAGGUGAUUGUGACUAUUUCUGACUUCUGAACUGUCAUAUUUGGACUUGUGAAUAAAACAAAUAUAACCACAUGAGACAUGUGGAAAGCAGCAUAUUUAAUUGGUGUAAGCAGGUUUACUGUUGAGCACAAAAACACCCGGCUUCAAAAUUCAAAGCAUGUAUUCAGGGGCUGAAGAACAUGUUGCUCUGACAGCAUCUUUGUGUGGGAGUGAAUCAUGACGGCGGGUUAGUUGAGGGAGGUUUGAUUAAAGCCGUUUGCUGCAGGCCUGAGGGACCUUGAGUCAGAACUAUAGAGAGCACCACAGUUACUAUCAUUCAAGAUUUACACCUGCAAAUUUGGAAAAAGUGUUACCUGAAGAAAACAGAGCAUCUUUGAAAGAGAAAAGUAGCUGAAACAUUUUUGGGGGCGUAAGAAUUAUAUUAACUUAUCAAACCAUUUAAGAUCAUUUGUGAGUGUAACAUUUGCAGCUUCACCU